GUGACCGGGUAGAGGGUCGGUGUGAGGCCGUGGGAGUGUUUUUUUUUUGCGAGACUGAGCCACGCGCCUAUCUUCUGUACCUCAGGGCCGCCGUCACCAUGGGCCGGGAGUUUGGGAACCUGACGCGGAUUCGGCACGUGAUCUCCUACAGCUUGUCGCCCUUUGAGCAGCGCGCCUUCCCGAACUAUUUCAGCAAAGGCAUCCCCAACGUUCUGCGCCGCACUCGCGAGCGCAUCCUGCGCGUGGCGCCGCCGUUUGUAGUGGUCUACCUGAUCUAUACAUGGGGAAACCAGGAGUUUGAGCAGUCCAAAAGGAAGAAUCCAGCCAUGUACGAAAAUGACAAGUGAGCGACUUGCACCUGGAUGACAGUCCCCUGCCUUUGAAAGACCCUUCUCUGGGAGAGGAAUCUACACUGUAGUCUUGAGGACAAUAAACUACUUAUGGACUUCC